UCUCUACUUGUCAUUACGGUUGCACCGAUUCACAUGCCCACGAACACGGCUGGGCACGGCAGUGUGCCUAUCUCCUCUCGGACUUGCACAUUAUUCAGACCAGAAGUGGCGGCUCGCACUAUGGAUGCUACUAUUUAUGAGAUCAUAUUUGGAGAGCUCGGGGACCUAAAUUGUAGUUUAAUAGAGGCUUUCCAGGACACUUUUUUGGAAAAUGCUUCAUUGCCAUUGCUGAGCACUGAUGGUUUAUAUUGCAAUGCCACAACCGAUGAGAUUGGAACCUGCUGGCCGCGGAGCAGCACUGGCAGGAUUGUAGAAAGACCUUGCCCUGAGUACAUUAAUGGGGUGAAGUACAACACAACGAGGAGCGCUUACAGGGAAUGUAUGGAUAACGGAACAUGGGCGCUGAAGAGUAAUUACUCCAACUGUGAACCCAUUUUGGAGGAGAAGAGAAAAUAUCCGAUGCAUUAUAAAAUAGCGCUGAUCAUCAACUACUUAGGCCAUUGCAUCUCUGUGGGAGCUCUUGUCGUGGCCUUCAUUCUCUUCUUGUGCUUAAGGAGCAUACGAUGUCUUCGAAACAUCAUCCACUGGAACUUAAUCACCACCUUCAUACUGAGGAAUGUUAUGUGGUUUUUGCUUCAGCUGAUUGACCACAAUAUCCAUGAGAGCAAUGAGCCUUGGUGUCGCUUAAUAACGACAAUAUACAACUACUUUGUGGUGACAAACUUUUUCUGGAUGUUUGUUGAAGGAUGCUACCUUCACACAGCCAUUGUAAUGACAUAUUCAACUGAUAAGCUGAGAAAGUGGGUCUUCCUGUUUAUCGGCUGGUGUAUUCCAUGUCCUAUAAUUGUGGCUUGGGCCAUAGGAAAGCUGUAUUAUGAAAAUGAACAAUGCUGGUUUGGUAAAGAACCUGGAAAAUACAUGGACUACAUUUACCAGGGGCCUGUUAUUCUUGUGCUUUUGAUAAACUUUGUUUUCCUCUUCAAUAUAGUUCGAAUUCUUAUGACCAAACUAAGAGCUUCAACCACAUCAGAGACAAUACAGUACAGAAAAGCCGUGAAAGCAACACUAGUCUUGCUACCUCUGCUCGGCAUCACCUACAUGCUCUUCUUUGUGAAUCCGGGGGAGGAUGACAUCUCGCAAAUUGUGUUCAUCUAUUUCAACUCCUUUCUACAGUCUUUUCAGGGGUUCUUUGUGUCAGUGUUUUACUGCUUCCUAAACGGAGAGGUUCGCUCAGCAGUAAGAAAACGGUGGCACCGCUGGCAGGACAACCACGCUCUUCGAGUUCGAGUGGCACGAGCCAUGUCUAUCCCGACCUCUCCGACUAGGAUCAGCUUCCACAGCAUCAAACAGACCACAGCCGUGUGACCACAGAAACACGCAAUCUCCAGACUGAUUCCUCCAGCAAGGUCACUGUUUGUCCAGUGUGACUAAGGAGUUAUGCGAUUUAUUUUGCCUGGCGACAAAAGUACAUUUUAACUGCACAAAAAUGACAUGAAGUUCUCGUUAUAAGGUACCGUUUGUGACGUAGAGGGGCUGGGUUUUUCUAAACAACGGAAUGGUUCGAUCGUCACAUCACAGCAGGUUUGACCCUAUAAUUUUAGUGUUGUUACUACCGGCAUCCAACUUGCCUAGUGGUUAUGAGUACUUGAAAUUUGACUGACCAUGACGCAUUCAUAUGUUGCCAAAACUGCCAUUUGUAUCUAUUAUGAUAAAAAUGCUAAACUGCUCUUUGAAUUACCUUCUCUUUAUCAACAGCUUAAUUUGAAAGAAAGAAGCUUUUUGUGGAUGAAGAAAACAGAAAACAGCACAGAGUAAAAUAAAUAAAAAAUGAGUCAUAACUCUCUGAAGUGAAAAGAGACUGAAAACAAUUUAACGUAGAGUCAUCAACUGCUUUUUUUUUUUUUUUUUUUUAACUAAAACACAAUCUCAACACAUGAUAUGUUUUGGUUAAUGUGAGAUGUGGCUAUUUUAUACAAACAAGCCAUUUUAAGAAGCUUUUAUAAUGUGUCUUUUUUUAAAUCCCUUUUCUUCUCUUUCUUUUUUACAUCUUUCUUACUGUUGUAAACAUUGGUAAAUACUUCUUUUUCCUCUUUGUUCUGAGGAUUUGAUUUCACAACUAUUUUUAUUUCCUUUUGUUAGACUUGGUCUUAUUUUUUUUGUUGCUUUUUUUUACUGUGCAAGGAAGGUGUCAACAUAAAGAGCAAUUUAACGUGUUAUGUGUUUGAACUCCCCGAGAGCGAUAAAUGAGCGUUCCCAACUUAGAGUUCUCUUGCAGACGAGGAAAGAUAUGAUCAUAUAUACAUUAUUUUAUGGAGCCAAGUGAUUCUCAUUUAUGUAAUCUGUUAAGUGCUGUGCAUGGAUUUGUCAUGCAGGCACAGUGGAAGCAGAUUAAAUUCUUUUGGCUUUAUGAAAUCCUUGUGGCUUCCUUAUAAUCAGUGUCACAUACUAAGCUUCUGGGUCAAAGGAAGAGGAGCUUGACAAUAUGAGGAGGACCGAUCCUU